AAUUUUUCUACCGACUUUCCCGAUCUAAAUUCAUUCACCUUUCGAUUUCACUGUAAAAUUAGCAACACAAACCACCGUCAACAGUCGGAAACACCACAAAACUCCUGCGAAAUGAGCUCAAUUGAGCGCCCGGAGGGGCUUCCUUCCAGCUGGACCAUAGAAGUCAAAGGUUCAGAGGAAGAGAAACGUGAGUGUUACAUUGAUCCUGAAACUGGACGCGAGUUUCAUUCAAUGUCGGAGGUUUCUGACUAUCUUAACACCAUCAACAGCAGCAAAGCCACUGAGAAAACAGGAGAUAAAUCCUCUUCAGAAACAGUUAUUCCCGAGAAGUCUGAAGCUGCUGAUGUGGCAGCAGAAGACAUCUCUGAAAAGAAGCAAGAAACCAGCGAGAAGAGCAAUGAGAAGAAUGCUGUCUCGGGGACUCAAGUGGAUGGAUUGCCUCCAGGUUGGAUAAAAGAAGUCGUAGUUAGGAGUGCUAAAGGCCGCACCACAAGAAAGGAUCCGUACUACCUAGACCCUUCAAGUGACUACGCCUUUAUGUCCAAAUUGGAUGCUUUACGCUAUCUGGAAACUGGAGACAUAGAGAAAUGUGCAAUGAAACCAAGGAAAAAGAGUGAUAUUAUGAUGAAAUUAGCGAAUACACCAACCAAGACACAAAGUGCAAAUAAAAAGUCAACAAAGAGAAGCAACGAGACAAAAAAGUCAAACAAGUCAACAUCCACUCCAUCUUCUCGUGCAUCAAAAAGGCUCAAAACAAGUGAAACUGUCGAACCUCAGUCUGAGGAGCAACCAGAAAAAGAGAAAAAUGAUGGUGUAGAAGAUGAUACUGAACAAGUCAAAGGUAAAGAGCCAAAUGUUGAAAAGUCAACUAACGAUGAAAAGACGGAAAUACCCCUGGUCCCGGAACCGGUGAAAACUGUUAAUGGUGAUGUACCGAUUGAAGUUCCGGAAAUACACAUGACUGCUGAGGAACAAAGUGUUGGAAUUGAGGAAAGGAAGAAUGAAGGUGGUAAUGAGGUAACUAAUAUUUAAAGCUAAUAAUGUUUCUAUUAUGGUAAGUACUUAAGAACAUUGGGACACAAGGUAAGGUGUUAUGUGUUUCUGACCAAUUAGUGUCGAUGUACUUUUGUUUCUUUAGGUUUGUUUUGUGGAGUAAUAUGUGUAAGGAACCUUCACUUUUAACUAUGUUGAUACCUUUUAUUGCUUCUAA